GUACAUAUCUUUGUGCUCGUUCACGAGCAUUGGGUGUACUCAUUCGACCAUUGCGGUACUCGUCCAAACGUUUUCAUUUGUGAACAAAAUGAAAAUCAAAUCGUUCAAUCUGGUAUUUUGGGCUGUGAUGGCGUGGGUUUUGGGCAGCCAUCAAAGUUAUUCAGCAAAUAUUUUGGCAUUUAUUACGGACCACAGUCCAUCCCAUUGCAUUAUACAGAAGACGCUGUUGAAAGCUUUGGUGAAUCGUGGUCACAAUGUCACGCUGGUUUCAAUGUGUUCCACCAAACCGACCAUCAAAACAAUGCCAAAUUUCCACGAGCUCCAUUUGACCGAAAAAAAUGUUUUCCUGAAGGACUUCCGGAGCGAAUUGUCAGCAAAAAUUAAAAAUUCCGACCCGCAAGGCAGCACACUUUCCGAUGCCAUAACUUCGCUCAAAAUAAAUGCCCAAUCUGCUCACGACGCAUUAGAGGAUCCAGUGACCCGGUCUUUGCUGAACAGCGGACAGAAAUUCGAUUUAUUCAUAUUGGGAUGGACAUACAAUGAUUUCCUGCUCGGCAUUGCAGCCCACUUUAAGUGUCCGUCCAUUGUACUCCACACGGUGGCGACAACCAAAACUAUUCGAGAUUUGGUGGCUAGUCCGACGGCAAUCGAAAGCAACCAAGCGUCGGCGAUUGUUCAUCGUCAAACGGAAAUUACGUUUCGGAAAAGACUUUCGUUCUGGUGGGAGCACAUCGUUGAAUUUGUCAUGAUCGAACUGUACGACCAUUUCGUUCUGCGACCGUAUUACAAUCAACAUUUUCCUGUCGCACAAAACUACCCGUCUUACAGCGACGUGAAACGAAAUGUGUCGCUAGUGUUCGUUGGACAUCACUUUUCACAAGGCGCGAUACGUCCGAAUGUUCCGAAUUUGAUUGAAAUCGGAGGCAUUCAAAUCAAAAAUCAACCCGACCCACUGCCCCCAACAAUUGACGAAUUUUUGCGGAACGCAACCGACCACGGUGCUAUUCUAUUCAGUUUGGGCACAAACGUUAACAGUACGGAUUUUGCGUCGGAGAAACUGGAAGCCAUCCUGCAGGUUUUCGCUGGACUGCAACAGAGCGUCAUUUGGAAAUGGGAAGGCGAUGAAAUACCGAGAAAUAAAUCCAACAAUGUGCUGAUGGUGAAAUGGAUGCCGCAAGACGACAUACUGGCUCAUCCCAAUAUUCGUCUGUUUGUUUCGCAUUGUGGAUUGGGCGGUGUCACAGAGGCACUGUUCCAUGGCGUUCCAAUUCUAGGAAUUCCGUUCAUCUAUGACCAGCACAUGAAUGCUAACAAAAUCGCUGAAGAGGGUUGGAGUAUCCAUUUACCGUACGACAACAUUACCGUCCACUCAUUCUCGUCGGCCGUAAAUGCCAUGCUCUCGAAUCGAACGUAUUCGAUGAGAGUGAAAGAAUUGUCAAAGCUGUACAGGGAUCGGCCGCAAACAGCCCUAGACACAGCUAUCUAUUGGACGGAAUACGUGCUGAGACACAGUGGGGCGCCACACAUGCAAACGCCUCAAGUUCAAAUGAACUUUUUUCAACGGAACUCGUUAGACGUUGUAGCCUUUUUGGUGCUGUUGGUGGUCGUUGGUUACAAUGUGAUAAGGUUUUUGUUGUUGCGAAUGUCCGCCGCAAAGCUGAUCGUAAUUUUGGGCUUAUUUCUGUACGUCGAUAAGGUCUAUCAGUUCAUAGCUGUGGAUAUCAUUGUAAGUGCCAUACGCGUCAAUGAAGCUUGGUGUAAAUAAAAAAUGAACUU